AUGAUACUGGAAGAACAGACACUCAUCCUACGACUCAUAGAAACAGGACAGCAGAAUGGAGCAGAAUAUGCUAUUGAAGAAGGCCUUCUGCCUUUGAAGGAUCAGCAAUGUCUCCAGAGCCUGGUAUCCGAUCUUCAGGGGGCUGACUUAAAACUUGUGAGUUUCAUUCCACUUUGUAUCCAAUUCUCUUUGAAAGAUUCAAUGGGAGUUUAUGGGAUUCAAAUACUUUUUCAGUUAUCCAAGACAAAAAAAGGAUUUAUGCCUACAACAACUUUUCUAUGAAAAGGAAAAGGCGCCUUGCUCCCCAGUACAAUCUUUCAACUUAAUGUAAGAUAAAAGCAUGAUGUUUCGACCUCCAAAGACCUUAAUCAGAAUGAGCAUACAGGUACGUGUUUUCUAGAACCACAUAUGCUUCCCUCACCUGGGGAAAAGCAGCAGUCACUUCUGGCUUAAAGUUUAUUGAUGUCAAUUGAUACAUUAUUCAAAUGUAUUUUUCCUUUUGAUUAACCACUUGAGCCUCAUUGGGGAUGCGAUGUGAAAGAUGCCGUGUGGCGUGUAAUGAGGCGCACAAUUUCCAACCCGCUGGCAGAAAAACAUAAAUUGGAGAGGAGUAAAUAGGAACACUUAUUUUGCUUCCCCUCGACUGAGGGAGGUUUUGAUUGGUAAGGAUAUACCUUUACAAAUGUCUCAUCACAACACAUAUCAUGAUGAGCCUUGUGCUCUUGUUCAUUAGCUGCUGUCCAGAGGAAUCCGAUAACGUCUAGAGCAUCCGAGAGGGAUGUGGAGUCGGUGAUGAAAAAGUGGUUGCAGCUGGCAGCAGACCGUGAAGGAGAAAGAAAGAGACGAGCCAGGAGUGUUGAGUCACCUGUGCCAUGA